AUGUUGUGGCACUACUUUGCCGUGCUAGUUCGCUUCAUCGGCGGCAAGUAUAGGGGAGGCCUGCUUAACCACGAGUUCGACGGCAACAGCGUGCACACACGCUGGCGGCAAUCACCAGACGGCAGCGACGCGCCCUGGACCGUCUCCAGAGUGUUGGAAGGGGCAGGGUCAGCGACGGCUGGGAUGGAUGUGACCACGGCCAAGACGAACACUUCUGGGGGCCGACGUACGACGACGACGGCGGGGAGGGCGGCGUGCACCCCGCAGAACGUGCGGCAGAAGCAGUCGCGGAACGAUCAGCGAGUGACCAUCGCCGCGUGUUCGCGACUCUGAUGGCGAAGAACAAGGAAAACGUCACCAAAAUAAUGAGGACGGUUCCACACGCCAAAGCCUUGGAGAUACAGGCUGAACUGGACAAGUGGGUGAGGUUCCAGCUUGCCGAAGCUGCCGGCGAGAACAAAAGCGGGAAUCCAGCGCAGGUACAAGCGAAAGGGAGGCCUAAGAAAUCCAAGUCGGAGGGAUCAAAGCAGGACCGACACGAUGACAACGGUGCGCCUGCCGACAGCGGGUCUGUUCAACCAGUCGGUAACCCGGAAGGGCGGAGGGACAAGAGCCGGAGGGAACAGGGGAUCAAAGACGUCUCUGGUGCUGGGUCUGGAGCAAAGACCCGUCGGCCUACCAAAGAGAAAACGCCGUAGCGUACAACACGUAGUCCUUAGUAACAAAUCAACGGCCGGGACACAUAGAUAGUUCGAAUCGUGUGCUGCCCUUGUCAUCUCGUUCCCGGCGUUGCCAGUCCACAUCACCUUGCGUGCUAACGCUGCACAGCUACUAGCGGACGUUGCAGGCUAAGCCUGAUGUUUGGAAUUGCACACGACAAAGUACGCGCUAUGCGUGCUAUCUGGCCUUAUCUGUCUGCGCGUUUUUCGUUUAACUUUCUGUCUUUUGUUGUUUUUUUUCGCUGGGCCGUGAUUAUGUUGGGGCGUCCUGGUUCACCUACGUUGUGCAGGCGCAGCUAACCGAGUGUCGGACCUGGUCGUUAGCGUUGAAUACAAUGUUAGUCUUGCACGCAAUGUCUGUCAACAUCCUCUCCAA